AUGUCCAAAGAAGAUCCAGAGCUCAAUGAGCUAUGGCAAGAAUUUCAAAAUGCCAAUGAUGAUAUACAGCAGAAAAGGAACGAGGUUAUCAAAGAGAUUAAUAAAAAUACGAUUUUGAAUGAAUAUCCAGGGAAAUUGUCCAUCAUGACAGCUUUAGAUGAGCUUAUUGCUUGUUUUUCAUUAGGGGGGCAAUUCAAAAACUAUUACAGAUACGGAUCGUACGAUGCUUGCCAAAGACAGAGGGAGAAGUUUUGGUUUGCAAUAAAACAUGGGUCGCUUGUGGAAGGGAAAGAUAAGCCUAUCGAGGAAUUGAACGACAAGGAGUUAAACAGUCGAGUUAAGAUUCAAGAAUUUUUCAAGAAACGUCUACUAGAGGAUAAAGCUAAAGGAAGCUCAGAGGAUAUCUGGGAUGCUAGAAAAAAGCUACAAAGUUAUCCCUUCAAGUAG